GCGCUGAGGGGCGGCCUCGGCUCCGCGCCCGCGCGGCGACCGGCCCCGGGGCGGGGCGGGCAGAGCCCCGCGCUGCGCCGAGCAUGCGAGUGUCGGCGGGGCGGGCUGCAGCGGCCGCGGGGCGUCUGCGGCGGCCGGGCGGGGCCGGGGCCGGGGCAGCGGAGCCAUGCUGCUGGCCUCGGCCGUGGUGGUGUGGGAAUGGCUGAACGAGCACGGGCGGUGGCGGCCCUACAGCCCCGCCGUCAGCCACCACAUCGAGGCGGUGGCCCGCGCCGGGCCGCGGGCGGGCGGCAGCGUGGUGCUGGGCCAGGCCGACAGCCGCCUGGCGCCCUACAUCAUCGACCUGCAGUCCAUGCACCAGUUCCGCCAGGACACCGGCACUAUCCGCCCCGUCCGGCGCAGCUACUACGACCCAUCGUCUGCACCCGGCAAAGGCGUCGUGUGGGAGUGGGAGAAUGACAGCGGGUCCUGGACACCCUAUGACAUGGACGUGGGCAUCACCAUCCAGCGCGCUUACGAGAAGCAGCACCCCUGGGUGGACCUGAGCGCCAUUGGCUUCUGCUACGUCAUUGACUUUGCCACCAUGGGCCAGAUCAACCGACAGACCCAGCGCAAGCGCCGUGUCCGCCGCCGCCUUGACAUGGUCUACCCUCUGGUCUCGGGCACCCUGCCCAAGUCACAGUCCUGGCCGACCAGCCCUGGGGCAGCGGCGGCCCCCCCGGUCCCUGCCUGCGCCUGUCCCCAGUGCCUCCUGGUGAUGAGCGUCAAAGCCACCGUGUCAGCUGCUGGCCCCGGCACCGCCACCCUGCAGCCCCGCAAAGCUGCCCCUGUGCCCCCUGCUGCCCCCAAGGCCCAAGCGCUGGCCCCAGGGCCCAAGGUGCCCGACAGCGCGGGCGCGGCGCGUGGCUCCCUGCAGCCGCUGGCAGCCCCCGGGGUCCGGCGGCAGGCGGCCAGCACGCCGGCCCUGAGCUUGGCCGGCUCCUCCACCAGCCCCCCCGGCGCGGGCAGCGGCAGCAAAGCGUCCCGUCCUGGGCUCGGCACCCUGAGCCGCAGCCACCUGCAGCGCCUGGCCAUCGCCCAGUCCCGGGUGCUCAUUGCCUCUGGGGUCCCCACUGUCCCCGUGAAGAACCUCACUGGCUCCAGCCCUGUCAACCCAGCACUGGCAGGGAUUACGGGGAUCCUAAUGAGUGCGGCUGGGCUGCCCGUCUGCCUGACACGGCCCCCCAAGCUGGUGUUGCACCCCCCACCUGUCAGCAAAAGCGAGAUCCAGUCCAUCCCUGGAAUUUCCCACACCUGUCGCAAGACCACCAAGAAACAAGCCAAGAAGGGUAAAACCCCGGAGGAGGUACUGAAAAAAUACCUGCAGAAGGUGCGGCAUCCACCGGAUGAGGACUGCACCAUCUGCAUGGAGCGCCUCUCGGCACCCUCCGGCUACAAGGGACCCCAGCCAGCUGUCAAGCCCGACCUGGUGGGGAAGCUGAUGAAAUGUGGCCAUGUCUUCCACCUCCACUGCCUGGUCGCCAUGUACAACAAUGGCAACAAGGAUGGGAGCCUGCAGUGCCCCACCUGCAAAACCAUCUAUGGGGUGAAGACGGGGACACAGCCCCCUGGGAAGAUGGAGUAUCACAUCAUCCCUCACGCGCUGCCUGGCCACUCUGACUGCAAAACCAUCCGCAUCAUCUACAACAUCCCCCCGGGUGUGCAGGGACCGGAGCAUCCAAACCCUGGGAAGAGCUUCACUGCCCGUGGCUUCCCCCGGCACUGCUACCUGCCUGACAGUGAGAAGGGCAGAAAGGUACUGAAGUUGCUGCUGGUGGCCUGGGACCGGCGCUUGAUCUUCGCCAUUGGGACCUCCAGCACCACAGGCGAGUCAGACACUGUGAUCUGGAACGAGAUCCACCACAAGACAGAGUUCGGCUCCAACCUUACUGGCCACGGCUACCCUGACAUCAAUUACCUGGACAAUGUCCUGGCCGAGCUCGCGGCCCAGGGCAUCACGGAGGAGAGUCUGGCACAGGAGAAGGACUGAGGCUGUGGCAGGGAGGCAAGAGAAGAGGGGUGCCAGUGCUGCUCCCUCCCCCAGGGAUAAAGCUGCUGGAGAAACCUGGCUGGGGGCUUGGCAGGGGGCACUUGGAGCCCCCCUGCUCCUAGUGGCAUCUACCCAGUGGGAGCAUCCCCCAGGCUGGCUGGGAAUGCGGGAGAAGGUCUUUUUGGCCAGCCAUCCCCUUCUCUCUGGCAGACAGGGAACCACGCCCCCUGCAGAGCCAUAGUGCUUCACGCUGGCCUGGCUGUCCCCUCUGGCUGGUGUCCUGGCCUUGCUGCCACCAUGCCAAGGGUUUGCAGGGUGUCAAGACUUCCCUCCUCCAUCUGCGGGAUGGUCCCAGCCUAGUCUGAUGCCCCUGACACCCACCUGAGGCUGUCACCUGGCCUGGGGUGGGAGUGAAGGCCAUGGGAGUCUCCCUGAUUCUGCCUCAUUCCUCAGCCAUCUGUUCAUUCGUUUGUCCUGUCCAGUAACUCCCCACUGGUCUCCUGUGUCCAUGGAGGUGGAGGGGGCCUCGAUCUGUCUCCAGUGGCUCCCCAGCCCUGUGUCCCCUUCUCUGGCUGUGUCUGAGCUGUGCCCUGCAGGGUCCCCUUGUCUGAGCUGUCCUCCCUGUCAGGGCAGGGGAGAAGGGGCUGGAAGGGGUGUGUUUCCUGGCCUGUCUCCCACCCCCUGUGUAGUGGGUUCCUUGAACUGUUUGUAUGGGGGUGUCCCCAUGUUGAAUUUUUAUAUACCUCGUGUUUUGGGGUUUUGUCGUAUAUAUGUACAUAUAGGUAGUGGUGUUUUGCGAGGUGGCCUGGGAGAGUGUGAUGCUGUGUCCAGAAUGGGAGCUGAGCCUGGUGCUGCUCUGGACAGGACAGGGACAGCAUCUAUCCUACUGUGAGGAAACCCCCCUCCCCCCCCCGAAAGGGUGUCAGUGCCCCAUGGUGGGGCUGUCACCUGUGGGGCCCUGUAGGUCCAGGUGCAGGUGUGGGUGGGAACUGGUCCCUUUCCUACUGGGUUGCAGCACCAUGCCCAGAGGUCCCUGGGGAGGCCUUGUUGUGGGGGGGUGUGACUUGCUGGCAGUGGGUUGGCAUGGCAGUUUUGGGCUGGGGCUGGGCUUGGUGUGGGGAGGGGAGUGUGGGUGAUGUGGCUGGGGGAGGGUUGCAUGGCAUCUUGAGAUCCCUACCUGCCCCUGGGGGACUUCUAGGGCCUUUCAGUGCCACCUGUGACAGGGUGCUGGGGAGGUUCCCACAGCUUUGAGGGGCUGCCCUGGGGCACUCAUCCCAUUGAUGGGGGCUGGCUGCCCCUGUCCCGUGAGGCUCCCGGGGCUGGAGAGUGGAGCAGGGGCAGCACCCAGGCUGCACCCAGCCCUGCACUGUUGAUCCUAGCCCAUUUUGUUGCAUUUUCCUGGGGGGUCACUCACCCUUUGUCCCAAGUGAUGGUGGCAUAGGAGGGGGACCUGUCCUGCUGUGCAUCGUUCUGUUGUUGCUGUUUUUUCUCUCCCUGGCCUGAGGGGUACAUUGCCCCGAGCUGGCCACCCCGUGGAGGGGAGGGUGGGGGUCAAUAAAACAGAUGGCAGGGGAUACUCACUGUCCCUGCAUGGCCUGGCCUCUCUGUCGUCUUCUGUCCGUCGUCUGUGUGGCCAGGUGAGCAAAGGGGCAUCAUGGGGAGGGCCAGGCACCCCUUGUUCCCCUUAUGCCCCUUUGCUCCUGUCUGUCCCCAGCCAUCCUUAGGAUGUUCCUUUCUACCUCAACGGGUAAAACCCCUUUUCCCCAGGAAACCCCAAUUUUUGGGGCUGCUCUGCGGCCAGGGGAGCUGCAGCAGCAGGAAAACCCCGGCUGGAGCUAUGCAAAACUCUUCGUGAGAGGGGAGGAAGGGGAGUCCCCACCCCAUCCCCAGCUGCCGGCCUGAAGGCUCUAUAAGGUGACACAAUUGUUUCACAUCAUGAUUUUUUUUUUCUUUUUUAAUGCUGUGUUGCCUACACAGUUGCUGGCUGAAAUAAAACUGAUCCGUGCCUCUC